GAGAGGCCUUUCCCCUGCACAGAGUGCGGCAAGAUCUUUAGAAAUUCCUCCUCCCUGCUGAAGCACCAGCGGGUCCACACAGGGGAGAGGCCCUUCAGCUGCCCCGAGUGUGGGAAGGGCUUUACCCAGGCGUGGGUCCUGCUGAUCCACCAGCGGAUCCACAUAGGUGAGAAGCCUUUCUGCUGCCCUGAGUGUGGGAAGGGAUUCACUCAGAUGGGCAACUUGCGCACGCACCAGCGGGUCCACACGGGGGAGAAGCCCUUCAUCUGUUCCAAGUGCGGGAAUGCCUUCAGCGAUUCCUCCACCCUACUGAAACACCAGCGGGUCCACACGGGGGAGAGGCCAUUACCCUGCCCCAAGUGUGGGAAGGCCUUCAGCAAUUCCUCUGACCUGCUGAAGCACCAGCGGGUCCACACGGGGGAGAGGCCAUUCCCCUGCCCCGAAUGUGGGAAGGCCUUUAGCGAUUCCUCCGCCCUGGUGAAGCAUCGGCGGAUCCACACGGGGGAGAGGCCCUUUAGCUGUCCCGAAUGUGGGAAGGGCUUUACCCGGGCAGCCACCCUGCGGAGGCACCAAGGAGUUCACGUGCCAUCGCAGGGGGAUUGAAGGAGCGACUGUUGAAUGCCAUUAUGGACUGGGCUACCAACCCAGUUCUGGAACUCCCAGGUUUGAAUCCCACCGCAGCAGAUGGCGGAUUUGGAAUUCGGUCAGAAAUCUGGAGGUGAG